GGCAUCGAGGCGGGGACGCACGUCCGUGGUGGCAGGUCGGCCAUCCCAGCGCGAGUGACGCAGAGGAAUUCCCGCGUCGUCCCCACGUGGAGCCUCCUGUGAAGCAGACGAGCUGUUACUAUCGACAUCCUACAGGAGCCACGGGUGUUGGUCAAGGUCACGCCGAGGGUGAGGGGAGGAGCCACAGGAGAACCCAGUCUCUCGCUUCUCAGUCCAGGGCACCUCUUCACCCCUCUUCACCUUGACGGUCCCCACCGUCGCCAGGCUUUUCGGGGGCUGAGCUGCGGAAGAAACCUUGCCUGGGGAACUUGGCAAGGGUUUGUCGCAUAGACUGACAAGUGUGACGCCUCCUCUGCCCUUCGCUGUCCAGUUCAAGGUCGAGGGCUUUACGAGCGUUCCGUGGUCUACGACUGCAUUGCUGUAAACACCCUCCUCCUUCCUACCCAAGUGUCCGUGGAACCUUCCAGAAGGAGAACCAGCAAGUCUGUUUGGUUCCUUUGCACUCCUCCGGGAAAGGUGCCCUUGUCCCUGAUGUGUGUCUCCUGCCCUGAGCCGGGUCCAGCCAGGGGGACCACACAGGGAGAAAGGUCACAGCCCGAGGACUUUGGGGUCAAGUUCAGGACACCUUUCCAGGACUAGAGAGCAUCGAGGGCCUCCCAGGGCUUUGUGCCAAUCGGGGGUCCAGGCCUUGAGCUGGGUCCUCGUGGAGAGGGAGCUCCCCAGGGGGGCCUUCCUGCGGGUUGCCCAGGGCCCCCCCGCCAAGGCCCCGCCCUAAGCACCCGCCACGAGGGCCCGACUGGAAGGUGACGUGGCCCCAUGGUUCUGCAGGACGCGAGAGAGGGGAGACGCGGGUUCCGGGGUGUCUUGGCCAGCCCCCAGGCUUUCUCCAUUUUCUGACCAGCUCCAGGAACAAAACCAAAACGAAGCUGAACGAGGAAGCGGCCGGCGCGGGGGAAAGCAGAAGUGGAAGCGCCGGAGACCUGGCCCCCUCCCCGGAGGAGGGCCGGAGCCCGGCCCACAGCCGCAGGUGACUCCCGGGAGAGAUGGCCCGGCAGGACCCGGCUCCGUGGCUUCGGGCGGCUCUGCUGCUUCUCUGGGUCCCAGGCUGUUUGUCCCUGAGUGGCCCCCGCACCGUGAGGGGCACCGUGGGGGGAUCCCUGAGCGUGCAGUGUCAGUAUGAGGAGGAGUUCAAAAGGAUUAAGAAAUACUGGUGUGGAAGCCCAUGUUCGAUACUGAAGAGGAACAAGAUCGUGGAGACCACCGGGUCAGAGAGAAAAGUGAGGAACGGCCGCGUGUCCAUCAGGGACCACCCAGCAAACCUCACCUUCACUGUGACCUUGGAGAACCUCACAGAGGAUGAUGGAGGCGCAUACGGGUGUGGGAUUAAUGUUCCAUGGAGCAGCUUACAAACGGACCCCACAUUCGAGGUUGUGGUGAUUGUGUCCCCAGCACCAACACCAGCACUGACACCAGCACCAACACCAGCACUGCCGUCACGUGCUACAGCCAAGACCAGGACAACCACGACAAACAGGACAACCACAACCACAGCCCAAAUUACAACUCUGUCCACAGUGAAAAUGACAGUGAAGGCCACCCACGGACCAAAUGGACAGGAGAACUCUCCGCAGAGCCAAGGGCUCCCCGUGCUGCUCUCCUUGCUGGGGCUCCUGCUGUUCCUCCUGGUGGGGGCCUCGCUGCUGGCCUGGUGGAUGGUUCGGCGGCGGAUCAAAGCUGAUAAGAAUCCAGAGCCACUGCAGAACCACGAGGCCGCCCAGCAGAGCGAACCCUGCUACGCCAAUUUGGAGCUGCAGACCUGGGCCCUCCUGGAGGAGCCCGAGCCGCCGGCGCAAGUGGAGGUGGAGUACAGCACCGUGAAAGCCCCCCAGGAAGACCCCCAGUACGCCACAGUGACGUUCAGCUCCCGCAAUCAGGAUGCUAAGGACAGCAGGGCGCCCUCCCAGAGGCCUCCGCAGCCGGAGCCCGAGUACAGCGAGAUCAGGAAGAACCAAGCCUGACUCCGCCCCGACACCUGGAGCCUCGGUGGGCGGCAGGGAGCCCGGGCCCCGCCCCCAGCCUGCUCCCCUCCGCGGUGACCCACAAGGCAGCUAGCUGGGCUCCUGCGGGCUGUCCCUCUCGCGCUGGGGACCUGCGGGACGCCCUGCCAUCCUGCCCGGCUGUUGUCCCGUCUUCCCUCUGUCCCUCCGCCUGGUCGCAGCCGUGUGUGAGAAGGAAGCCCCGUCCCGUGGGAGUCCCGGAGAACAUGUGGCUCCCGUGGGGGGUCUGGGCUUGCCGGGGAGUGCGAGCACUGACGGGGAGCCAGGAGGUCGCCCGGGCACCGAGAUGGGGACCCCCCCCGCCUGCAAGACGGGGAGACGGUGGCCGAGCAAGGGCUUGCCCGUGGCUCUAAGACCAGCAGUGGGCAGCGUCCUCGGGCCCCCUGGACUCUUACAUAGGUUCGUUUUUCAUACAAGAGAUAUCAACAACGUUUAAAAUGCCUUAGGCAGUGGUAGGUAAAAGGGAACCUAAUCAACAAACAAACAAACAAGUAAAAUAUAUUUAAAGACACUGAAAUAGAGAACAGGCUGACAGUGACCAGGGGGGAGAAGGGAGGGGAUUUCA